GUUGCCACCUUGGUCUUCUAUGAGACAGCUGGCCCGUUCACUAAUUGUCUAUCUGACUACAUGAUGACUGACACCUGUCAUAGGUCCGUGAUGAUGAGCGUCUGGGUUUGCCUGUGUCUGAUACUCACCUGGGCCGCUGUGUUCGUCAGUUCGCAGGUACCGUUCGCCAGCAACUGUAACUUCGAUGGGGAGUUUCUGUGCGGAUUCGUUCAGCAAAGCGUUGGUGAUGACUUCGACUGGGAAGUCGGCUCGGGUGCAGUUGAUGCUCUCGGACUGAGCGGUGAUCACACUGGAGGGGGGAGUUAUGCUUACUUCAACACCACCGGCAAGACUAGGUCCCAAACCGCCAUCCUGCGGUCCAUGCAGCUCGCGUCCGUCACGCCCCACUGUCUGACUUUCUACUUCUACAUGGCUGGGGCUGACGUCGGUUCUCUGGCGGUUCUACAGCAGCGAGUCGGCGAGCAACAACGAACUGAGCUGUGGUCGGCUGAAGGAGACCAGGGACACGGGUGGAAACGCGCCAAGGUUGACGUCACGUCUCCACUGGACGGUGGCACACCGAUGGCCUAUAGGAUCAACUUUGACGCAGUGGUCGGGUCUGGACAGCUGGGACUGAUCGCCAUAGAUGACGUCGUCUUUGUCAACGGGUCGUGUGACAGUGACGGUUGUAACGUACCGCUUGGUAUGGAGAGUGGGUGGAUAACAGACGACCAGAUCACCGCAUCGUCAGCCGACGUGGAUUUCCCGACAUCCUCUGCGCGUCUCCAUGGUAACGAUUGCUGGAUACCUUCCAUUCCUCAGAGUUCCUGGCUGCAAGUGGAGUUCGCCACUACUAUGAUCUUAACUGGCAUCAGAACCCAAGGCUUUAGGACCGGAUGGAUAACCAAGUAUAAGAUCGAGUACUCCGAAACGCUGUCUUCAACAUGGAUAACAUGCAACGCAUUCAUAACAACAGACCAGGUGAUGCAUAUUUUACUCUUCGAUUCAGAAUAUCUUCGACUGAAAUGCCAUAUAGAUCACCAGUGUGAUAAGAACAAAUAUGAAAGGCUGUAACAUGUUUUGUCUUUAUCUAUAUGCCAGCAGUAGAUAGUAUAAAAUGGUAUCCAGGUACUCUAGCCUGCCUCUAUUGUUGCACAUGGUUUGCGCGCCACCGUGCAUUUUGAUCGAACUUGCAAUAGCUGGACACAUACAUUUGUAUCACGAUUAGCUGUCUGUA